GCGCCGCGGCCCGCGGUGGGCGGCUCCGCAUUUCCCACCAGCUCCGACCUCCGAGUUAGGCGCCACAGCAGCAUCACCUUCGAGCACUAUUCAACUGCAGAUAUUUCCCUUCCUUCCUUCCUUCGCUUGCAAACCAAACCAAACCAAACCAAGCACCCGCUGCUGCUUCCUUUCCCGUGGCAUUUAAAAGCGCGUCUCGCCCGCUCGUCCACCCCACACCGUCGACUCCGACCCCAGACCAAACGCGAGAGCUCCACCGACAGCAACCCAAGAUGCACCGGCAGCUCAACCUCUCGCCGGCGCCGAAGCAGCAGCAGCACGACGACGGCGACGGCGGCGACGCGGUGGAGGCUGUCCCGCUGUGGGUGCCCGAGCAGUCCGCGGAGGCCAAGGCCGACAAGGCGCCCGGCGGCCGGCCGGAGAGGUCCAUCCACCUCAUCCCGCUGCUCACCUUCCUCUGCUUCCUCCUCCUCUUCCUCUGCUCCCACGCCCCUUCCUCCUCCGAUAUGUCGAGCUUCGGCGGUGGCGGCGGCGGCGCCGGCGGACGGAAGGCUGGCAACCGGAGGCUGAUGAUGCUAUAAGCUUCUCGCAUCAGCUAGUAUACCACACCUUAAAUUUUUGUGGCUCCUUCCUUUGCCAGUUUCAAUCCAACAGCGCGAUAUAAUUUGCACACUGUACUUGUGCAGCAGCAGUAAUGAAAUCUUGAAUUGUAUGCU